CAAACGUCCAAGGAGAAGUAAGCAGCCGAAAUCAAUCGUCUUAGCUGUUUCUCCAUCAAUCACUACAAAAUAAUACAUGGACACCCAUCCUUUCAUUCAGCAUCUCCGAAUAAUAAAGAGGAGAAACGCGUUCUCUCUCUCUCUCUCUCUCUCUCUCUCUCUCUCUCUCACCCUUCUUCCAACUCACUUCUGUCUCCCUCCCCCACCCAACUACCCUACCUCAAACCCCACCUCUCUCUUUCUCCCUCUCUCUCUCUUCUCUCCACCCAUUAAAAACCAUCUCCUCCUCCUUCCAUCUCCAAAACCAAAACCCAAAUCCAGAAAUGCCAGAAACCUUCCCAUCUUGUUUCGGUGUCGGAAUGGCCACUUCCAAUCUCCCCACCACUUCCACCAAUUCAAAUCUAACAACUUGUCUAUACCAAACCGCAAUCGGCGUCGCCACCAUAACAUGGUGUAGAAACAUCAUCGGCCACGGCCUCCACAUCGAUCUCUUCCAAUUCCAAUACAACAACCACAACGACAUUGAAGAAAACAUCCACAACAACAGAAACAACAACAUUGCCUCAUUACAUCUACACCUAAAGCCAUGGCUCUUCUGGAAGAAACAAGGUUCCAAGACAUUCAACCUCAAAGACGCUAACCAAACACAAAUCAACUUCUCUUGGGACCUUACAAAAGCCAGAUUCCUCUCCAGCCCCGAGCCCGAAUCCAGCUUCUACGUCUCAAUUACAGUCGAUGGAGAAAUGGUAUUGAUCAUUGGCGAUUUAAUCAAUGAAGCUUAUCUAAAGACCGGCGCUCGGAAGCCUUCCAAGAACCCAGCUCUCAUCAUGCGAAGAGAACACAUGUUUGGAAACAAGUCAUACACCACGAAAGCCCGAUUCAACGGAGAGAUUCAUGAAAUUUCAAUUGAAUCUGUUGGUGAUAGAGACGAGACGAAGCUGUUGUUCUCCAUCAAUCAUAAGCGGGUUCUGCAGGUGAAGAGAUUGAAGUGGAAGUUCCGUGGGAAUGAGAGGAUCGACAUCGAUGGAAUGCCUGUGCAAGUUUCAUGGGACGUGUAUAAUUGGAUUUUUGAUGAUGCAGUCGAUGGGCAUGCUGUCUUCAUGUUUCGGUUUGAGAAGAGAGGAAUUGAAGAUGGUGGGGAUGUUUUGAUUGGAGGGGAUUGUAAUCAGAAGGGAAUGGUUUUGUGGCAGCCUUUUGGGGUGGGAAUGAAAGGGUUGGAUGAGAAGAAGAAUAAGAAGAACAAGAAUAAGAAUAGGAGCUUGUUGAAGACGGGUUCUUCAUCUUCGUCGUCAUCAGCAUCAUCAGGGAGUAGUUCUUCUGUGAUGGAAUGGGCUAGUAUGGAGGAGAAUGAGAUGGAAAGAUCAGGUGGUUUUUCUUUGAUGGUUUAUGCUUGGAAGAGUACUUAGUUCUAGAUUUUAGGUUUUUUGGGCUUGUUUGGAUUGCUACUAAAUUGCAAUUGGUAGAGAUUUUGUUUGGGUUUUUUCUUA